UGGUGUACAAGGGGUGCGUGCAGUGCUGCACACGGGAAUUUCGGCUUUAUUUCGAAGGAGGUGUGCUGGAAGUUUGUCGUGUCUCGGCGGUAACCAUGUCUGGCCGCGGCAAAGGCGGGAAGGGGCUCGGCAAAGGCGGCGCCAAGCGCCACCGCAAGGUGCUGCGCGACAACAUCCAGGGCAUCACCAAGCCCGCCAUCCGGCGCCUGGCCCGCCGCGGCGGCGUCAAGCGCAUCUCCGGCCUCAUCUACGAGGAGACCCGCGGGGUGCUCAAGGUCUUCCUGGAGAACGUGAUCCGGGACGCCGUCACCUACACGGAGCACGCCAAGCGCAAGACGGUCACGGCCAUGGACGUGGUCUACGCGCUCAAGCGCCAGGGCCGCACCCUCUACGGCUUCGUCCACGCACGUUACAGGCGAGUCAUGGCCCGGACCAAGCAGACGGCGCGCAAGUCCACGGGCGGGAAGGCCCCGCGCAAGCAGCUGGCCACCAAGGCCGCCCGCAAGAGCGCACCGGCCACCGGCGGCGUCAAGAAGCCGCACCGCUACCGGCCCGGCACCGUGGCCCUGCGCGAGAUCCGCCGCUACCAGAAGUCCACCGAGCUGCUGAUCCGCAAGCUGCCCUUCCAGCGCCUGGUGCGCGAGAUCGCGCAGGACUUCAAGACCGACCUGCGCUUCCAGAGCUCGGCCGUCAUGGCGCUGCAGGAGGCGUGCGAGGCCUACCUGGUGGGCCUGUUCGAGGACACCAACCUGUGCGUACUGCUCAUCAUGUCUGGUCGCGGCAAAGGCGGGAAGGGGCUCGGCAAAGGCGGCGCCAAGCGCCACCGCAAGGUGCUGCGCGACAACAUCCAGGGCAUCACCAAGCCCGCCAUCCGGCGCCUGGCCCGCCGCGGCGGCGUCAAGCGCAUCUCCGGCCUCAUCUACGAGGAGACCCGCGGGGUGCUCAAGGUCUUCCUGGAGAACGUGAUCCGGGACGCCGUCACCUACACGGAGCACGCCAAGCGCAAGACGGUCACGGCCAUGGACGUGGUCUACGCGCUCAAGCGCCAGGGCCGCACGCUCUACGGCUUCGGCGGCUGAGCGUCCCCGCCGCCCUCGCCCCUCGCCCUGCGGCCCCGGCUCGUCCACCAAAGGCCCUUCUCAGGGCCACCCACUUGGGCACACGAAGGGCUGUUAGUGACAACCAGACCUGAAGUUGCACAGAAAACCUACACAUCAGACUAUCUAAGGGCCGAGUGAUCCGUGUUACCUGUUUCUAGCCUUCCAAACAUAAGAGAGAUGUUGCCGUGUCGAGAGCGCCUCCCCCCCUUGCCAUACAGUAGACGUGAUGAGAAGCGAGACUCCUGGACAUCUGUCCCCACGCAGCGCUGCAGCCGUCCGAGGUCCACCGGCGACCCAGCUGCAGGUUCGGACUCCUCCGGUGCCACCAAGGGACCUCAGCAGAGCAACUGGCAGCGGAGGCAUCUCCCUGAGAAGCCAGCGACCCUUGUCUCAGGGAGGACAGUGCCGUGUUGGCCUCUGAGCUGGCUCUCUGGGGAAGAGCAAACACUGUGCCAUGCAAACUCGAUGCCAAACUUACUUGUCUGAAACCUGGGGCUCUUGUUCGAUUAAAAAAACACUAUGCAUAUUUUUAAA